CAGCUAAAAAUCCUCCAUUAUAAUUUUUCAGUUUCAGAAUGUAUGAUAAGAUAUCGAAAAUUUUGCGAUCAUCGCCAAGGGUAAAUUUAAAGAAUGUGACACCAAAUCCUUAUUCUGAGAAGCGAAGCCCAAAUAAAAGAGGGCAGCAUGCAAGAAAUCGUAACAAACAUAGACCUAUUAUGAAAUAUCCACUCGGCUAUGAGAAAGGCAAACUCCCUUUUCAUCUUCGAAUACCUACAUAUGGUUACAAUAAAGAUGCCAAUCUCAAAAGGGAUUAUCAGCCCUUGACGUUAUGGACAUUACAAAGGAUGAUUGAUCUGGGCAGAAUUGAUCCAUCAGAGCCAAUUGACAUUACAACAUUAGUAAAUUCUCGUGCUCUGAAAAUGGAUUUAAACGAAACUUUGCAUGGAGUAUUUCUUGUCGAACAAGGGGCUGAUAUAUUUGAAGCGAAAGUUAAUAUCGAAGUUCAAAUUGCAAAUGAAAUCUCGAUUUCUGCUGUAGAACGUGUCGGUGGCACAAUAACAACAGGUUUUUAUGAUCCGAAAAGUGUUUCGGCACUUUGCAGGCCAGUAGAAUAUUUUCUACAGGGUAAUCCUAUUCAUAAAAGACUUUUGCCGCCUCGAGAGUUGGUGACUUACUAUUGUGACCCCAAUAUGAGAGGAUAUUUGAGCGACCCAGCAAAACUCCAGGAAGCAAGAAUUGAACUUGCUAACAAAUUUGGAUAUCAACUUCCUGAUAUUACUAAAGACGAAAAUUAUAAAAUGUUAAUGAUGAGAAAGGAUCCAAGACAAGUUUUCUUUGGACUUUCUCCUGGAUGGAUUGUCAAUCUUGCAGACAAAGUUGUUAUUAAACCUACAGGGGAAUUUAUAGAUGAAUAUUUCAGCAAUUGAAUUAUAUUUAUGAGAUGGCUCAACUACAGCCUCUAGCCAGUUCCCGAUACAUGAACAUGGCUGGUGAAGCAAGGCAUUCACAGUUCAUCAAGCCCACCGCCAAUUUGCUAUAUAUGUGGUGACUCAUUAUAGUCACAAAAGUUUAUUAUAAGGGCAUGAACAAUAUUUUGCUAAAUUGCCUACAUGUUUCCCAGUUUAAUUUUUGUAUUUGAUAUUACAUUAUUGAUAAAGCUACAAUAUUUUACUCUUCUGAACUAACGACAUAAAAUUUUUGGUAUUAUAUUGAUCAGAUAAAAUCAAUAAAAUUUAGAUAGGUAUUGAAUUUGAACUGACAUCAUAAUUCAUAGCCAUACAAGUUUACUAGGAACUGAUAGUCUUGUUUAUUGCUUCAGCGUACUGGAUAUUACAUGAAGAUUGAAUCAAAAAUUUUUUGUUUUGUACCUAAAAGAUAGUUGUGUAAUUAGGUUCACAAUACAUUUUUAAAAUUUUCAUCCUUAAUUUAUGAAAUAUGUUUAUUUCUGUUUUCUAGA